GAGUAGUAAUGCCGCCUGUAAAUACCGCCUUCUACAUCCGGCAAAAAUCAAUAACUUUCGUACCAAACGGCUCGCUGUACGGUAGACCAGGCUGAUCCCUAUCUCCGAGCCUCCGACUCUUUACGGUUAGCUGAUCUGAAUCGUAUUGACUGCUCCCAAGUCCCAACGAAAAAUUCUGUACUGGUAUUUACUUGGUGGUUUCUCGUUGAGAUUGCCAUUUCUUUGGGGUUUUUGAACUUUUUGGAUUCAGUUGCUAGUAGAUCGUGAAAUGGUUUGUGAUGGUGGAUCAUUCCAGCUAUGCGAGAUGGAGAUGAUAGACUAAGGGUGUCGGUUUCUUUAGUCCUCACAGUCAGCUUUGAAUCUGCCCUUGGAGACAUCUUUCGUGCUGAUAAUUUUUUCCUUUGCUGGGUUUGCAAUUCCAAUCGAGAAAUCUCGGUGCUGACUUUGUCCAUGGUUUCAGAUUCGGUAAUUCCUGCCAGUGUCAUGCAGUCCGCUGCCGCCGGAUGAUCCGUUUGGAAGGAGGGGAAUUGUCAAUUGUUUUAUCAUCUCCGUUCGUCCUCUGUCGCGCCCAUUUCCAGCUACACACACACAUUUCUGUCUGACGUAUCUGCCGCGCGGGGAGAUGGGGCUUAAGUGAAAAAUCGUGCUGUUGACUGUUGUGCCGCGGACGGCCAUUCCCCGUCAACAAUUCCAUGCCUCACUACCCCGACGGAAUUUCCAGAAGGUGUCCUGAACUGUGUAUGCGGUGAUCCCAUGGUGAUGUUCCGUCUAAUUUAUCCGGAUCUCUCAAGAUAUCAUUGCCUGCCGUAUAAAAAUGGGGGUCUCCGGAGGCUUGUAGUUCUCUGCGUUCUUGUUAUUAUCUUCGUUUACGGAAUCCAAUCGAUUCUCAUAUCCAAGUCAAGUGCCAGCCUAUCAGAUGUCGCGACGACAGAUCCUGCGAUACGAUUCCGUGGAUCAUCCGACAGGUCAACCGGAGAUAAUUACCGCAGGCCGGCGGUCCCGGAGUCUCCCGAAGACCGCUGUAAAAGUCUCAGCUCAAGUGAUCCCUGUGAAGUGCCAUAUUUUCCCUAUCGAGUUUCUGUGGGCUAUGGAGAUCGAGCGCCCCAGAUCUGCUGGAAUUUGCGCAAUGUUCCACUUAGGACCGCGCGGCCGGGAACGGUGACGGUAGUGGAAUUAGCCGCCGCUGACGGCAAUGUGAUUAACGAAAAAUCCUUUUCGGUUGAUAGUCCAAAGAUCCUCGCAAAUUUCCUUGCUCAACUUAGGUCGACGCGCAAUGACUCGUAUAUUGUGAUGGCCACAUGGAACGCUGUUCCGUUCUCACCUACUCUACUCAGUCAUUUAAAAUCUGUGGGCACCUUAGUGAAUCCGAAAUUCCAAGGACAGCAGCUGCAGUUUUAUCUUUUGGGACAGAAGGGGCUUUUGCCGGGUCGCGGAAUCUCCGAUGUGCAGCUCUUCAACUCCAGUCCAGCCUUGGAUCAGACGGGCUGUGUGCCGCCCUUAGCAUCUUCUCUCGGCAACGAGGUGGAUCAUGAUUUCGUUAACAGUAAUCCGGGUUAUUUACUGGCUGGGGAGUUUAAAUUGGGUUCAGGUUCACCGAACUGUGGAAUGGCCAGUCCCUGUGAGGGACUCAAAAUACCCAUGCAUAUCUACACCGGCAAGGACCAUAAUGACCCACCUAAACUGUGCAUAGACGGAAAUUAUGUGUUUGAGAAUAAAAUCAAUAACGGAGGCCGUGGCAUGAAUAUCGCGGUUAUUGAUGGAUUUACUGGGACAGUAUUACGUGUGGCUAAUUACGACACCUGGGGUACGGAGAGUACCAUGCUGGAAGUAUUUCUGGAGGAUUUACAGACCAAUGAAAUUGCUGUGAUUUUCACGCAUGACGAAGCUACCACAAAGUUGUCCGAACUAUCGAGAACUCUCUUUUUCGAGUUGGGUAGCAGUCGAAUUUAUGAUCUCAAAUUUCGUGCGGCAUGGUUUAUGAUUGGCCAGAAAGGCAUUCGUGGCUUCACUGGAUUCGAACGGUUGAACAUUGGUGAGAAGACCAACUGGGCGGAUGUGAUCGACGAGCGUCUCUGCAUUCCCCGACGGCUGGACGGGUUUCUGGCACGACCGGAUCCCCUGCCGGAAACACGCAAUCUCCAGCGUCUAACCUUCUGCAGCCUGUAUCGAGGCUAUGGGGACUUCUGCAUUAAAGAGCGCCCAUUAUCACCGCUCCUCCCCGCUAAAUUGGCCGAUGUGACGCUGGUUAACAGUCCGAUUUACAACGAUCUCACUGCCAUCCUGGUGAUUGCCGGGCGCUCUAAGAACGCCCUGCGAAUGCUAAUGGAGACGCUGUUGGGGCAGCCGGGUAUUAAUCCCCGUCAGACGCGCAUUGUCGAUCGCUAUCAUUAUAACAGUACGGAAAUCAGAGAUCUCGUUGGGCUCUUCAAUUUCCAUCUGACGUUUUCGACAUUUACUGGAUCUUACGCACAAUUUUUGAAAAGAGAAAUUCAGGAAAUGUUUGACGAAUACAAACCCAGAUACCUGAUCGUUAUCGAAGAAAACACACUGUUAUCACCGGAUUUCUUGCAUUAUUUUGCAACAUUGGAGCCCAUUUUUGAAGCUGAUCCUACAGUCAAGGCCAUCAGUGCCUGGAAUGACAAUGGAUAUAACGAAACAUCCGGAGACCUGAGCCGAAUAUACCGCGUUAAUGGUUUUCCACACCAGGGUUUCUUGGUUACUCGAGCAUUCUGGGAGUCUGUGACGCCAGUAAUGGAGAAGUGCUGUGAGAAAAACCCUUGGGAAGGAUGGUUUGAUAAUAUGGAAACGAUUAGUAUCUGGCCCGACACAUCGAGAAUUAUGAAAAUCCCGUUCACUGAUCAUACAAACGCACUUGCUCUCGAGCUGUUUGGCCGAUCGCGGACUGUUAGCAGGCAAAAUGAAAUCAAAGUGGAAAAUACGUUUCCUGUGAUAAAGGAGAAAUAUGAUGCAUUUCUCCACAGUGCCAUUGCUGAAUCACGCCAUUUCGAUAUGAACCAGAAGGAUCUGUGCGAUAAAGCCCGCGAAAUAAGUUUAAAUGCGCCCAAAGAGAAAGCGGUAGCUAUUUUUCUGCCAGGAAAUGCGACUGAAAAAGUCUGGUCGGAAACCUGCAAAUGUUUUGGGUUAUUUGCUGUUGAAGGUCAUUCCGCAAGAGGUCGCUAUAAUCAUACGCUGAGUUUCACGUUUGGUGAUGCGCGCCGUCUGGUGAUCAUUGUCGAUGGACUGUAUCCAUUCCGUUCCACAGCAUCUUCGCAGCCCUAGGAUAACGACGGGGAGCAGUCAUCCGGUGGGGCACGAGCGAAAUUGUAGUAAUCUCAACCAUUCCAUUGCUCUCUUUCUCUCUGCGACACUACGGUCAUCGAGUUUUUACCAUGUAUAAUUUGUUUUAGCUCUUUUAUAGAAUCUUUGACUAGAGUGUUUUAACUGCACAUUUUGGUUUGGCGGUUUGAUGAUGUGAUGACUUACGGUGCGACUUUUGAGAUGUUCCAGAUUUGAUGCGGCACGGAUCUCAAUGCGGAUCUGGACAGAGAGUUAGUUUGUUGAGCCGUCCAGAGUUUUACUAUUUUAUCUUUUGUUACCUUUGCUAUGUGUUUCCGGUUUAUUUAUGAAUCUGGUCAAAACAAUGUGAGUGAGCCUUCAUAAAUGUUUUGCCAUUUACAUUAAAGUCGCCAGUUGAA